CCCAUGCUAGAAGAAGCUGAUCCGAUAAGGCUGAACAACUCAGGAGGAGACAUUCCAGCGCAAUCUACAUGGCUUCAGCUGCGCAUAUGGCUCACUGUAAUGGUAAAGGGGCUAACAAAGAAAAAAAAAGUGAUAACCCUACUGCUCACCUUCACCUUACUGAAGAGAAAAACAAGUGGGGAGAGAACUUGGUAAAAUCUGGGUCACUAGAACGAGCAACAAGGUAUGGAAACCGCAGCUCUUCCCCCCACCCUCCGAACAGGGGCUGAUGGGCAGGGAAAUUAAGAAGCUACAUCACAGGCAUGGAACAUGAAGACAAAAGCGAGAGUCUGCAGAACCUGGAGAAGUUUCAUGUUUCAGAAGAAUAUGGCUUUGUUCUCCCAAACCCACUGACAGAACUGCCAGAUUAUUACGCUCCCUGGAUGGAUGUCGCAGCCAACCUGCCCCACCUGAUAGAGGGACAUCAGCUCCGCAGGGAAGUAGCAAAGAUGCCACUGCUCAGCACACAGUACCUGCGAGGACACAGGCAGCUGCGCCUGGCUCGCCUGGCUCUCGGCUUCAUCACAAUGGGAUACGUGUGGCAAGGAGGCAGCAGACAGACAGUGAAGAUCCUUCCUAGAGUGCUUGCAGUGCCUUACUGCACGAUCUCAGAGCUUCUCGACCUGCCGCCCAUCCUCGUCUAUGCAGACUGUGUUUUGGCAAACUGGAAGAAAAGAGACCCCUGUGGACCCCUGAAUGUUGAGAAUCUGGACAUCCUGUUUUCAUUCCCUGGAGGGGACAGCAACAAAGGUUUCUUCCUAGUCUCUCUUCUUGUUGAAGCAGCAGCAGCAACUGGAAUCAAGGCAAUCCCCAUGAUCAUCAAUGCCAUAUUGCACCAUGACCGUUGCUCCUUAGAAACGGCACUGCAGGAUGUGGCCUUGUCUAUAUGCAAGAUGCGUGAAGCUUUCAAACUAAUUCACGAGUGUGUAAAUCCAGGAGCUUUUUUCAGAUCCCUUCGCAUCUACCUCUCAGGAGCACAGAUCUUGCAUUGGGCGGCUUUACUGCCCAACCACUGUUUCCAGGAACAGCUGUCUGAUCGGAAGUUACCUGUGCUGCAAGGCACUAGUAUCUAUCACCGUGGCGAGUCAAGCCACACAGAAACCCCAACAGACAGCACAUUCAGGUCAUGCUGCUGGUUCUCGCUUCAUGUUUUUGGAACUAGCUGGAAGGACAGUUUCCUGAUGCCGGAGGGGCUGGUGUACGAGGGGGUGUGGGACAGCCCCAAGCAGUUCUCUGGUGGCAGUGCGGCACAGAGCUCUACGUUACAGUGCUUUGACGUACUGCUAGGAAUCCAGCACCGCGCAGCCCAGGGGUUCUCGGCAGAGUACCUCGGUUGCAUGAGGGAUUACAUGCCAGCAGCUCACAGGGCCUUCAUUCAGACCCUAGCUUCUGGCCCGUCCCUCCGGCAGUUUGUCCUGGCAACAGGAGACGCAGGCCUGCGUGCAGCUUUCAACAAGUGCGUGUUGGCGCUGGUGGAUCUACGGAGCUAUCACAUACAGAUCGCCACCAAGUACAUCACCAUCCCGGCCGGGAGGUGCCGAGCAGAGCAGCAGCAGCUCGGGGGCUGUGUCCACGAGGGCACGUCAGUGCUCUCAGAAAGGGGAACCGGUGGGACAGGGUUCAUGCGCUUUCUCAAAGUCGUCAGAGACACCACCCGAAAGGCACAGCUCACUGAGCAGGGGCAACGGUGUUAACACACUGACUAGGCCAUGGUGACGGCACAAUCGGAUGGGCCCCUUUCCUGUUGCUGUCAGCCUCGUGUUAGCCACGACCCUGAGAUGGGAUGGGACUGCCGGGGCAUGGGGAAGGAUUGGGCCUUCUCCUCUAGUGUCAAGGGGAGCAGGAAGGCAGCACCCAGCCUGAUCUGUGGACCACUGCAGAUGGGUGCAUGGAGGGAGCAUCCACUGAAGCCAUGAGGACCGGCUGGUGCCCCUGAAUGGCAACUGCACCCUUUGCAACAUGGGUAAGGACAAUCCAGACAUUACAACCAAUAUCGAAAGCCAUGGGUUUGCUGUAUUUAUAUCGAUGGUGUAAAGAGCCAUGCACACUCAUCGCACCGGGGAGUGGCAGGAAAGUGCAGUGCUCUGUACCUCUGUCUUACAUAUGGCAUCUUGGUCGUGGCACAUUUCACUCCCCUUCCCACCUGGCAGUUAUUAGAGCUCUGUUCUCAACAACCCCAGCUUGGGGCAGACACGUUGCUUCCAGCUCUAACUUCCCCCGCACUCAGGUGAUAUUUGUGAAUCCCCCAAAAGGAGGAAGUGCAAACAGGCUGAAAAGCCGCAAGGGGAAGAAAGUUAUAACGCAAGUUGCUAAAUACUUGGGUCUGUAUCUGGCCUCCGGUUACUCUGGCUUGUAGGGGAGCAGGUUAGUUGCAGGGGUGCAAGAUGCCCACAACCCCAGGGACCUGCCGCUUGCCCACCAACCUGGUGGGGUGGGGGGAGAUAAUGCACCCAGAUAGGACCCUAGUCCAGCAUGGAUCCCAAGGAGCUGCCUAGGGGCUGAGCCCUGCCAGGAAAUUAAAGCGGUCCUUAGUCUUCUGGGUGCAGACCCCUCCUCUGCCUGCUUGCCCUCCCCAGGGUAUGUAUGCCGUCUCAGGAUCAGCGUAAGGUGAACCCAGAUCAUUUGUGAACCACAGAGAAGCAGGGAGGGGAUAGGAAAAUCCAUUUCCUAGCUGUGAAGCUACAGGAGGUUUAGAAACUACCGAAGAGGCGGCCAGAAGUGGCCUGGGGCAAGGAGAACUGCCUCUCAGAUCCCCCAUCAUUCAGCCAGAGCUGAGAAACCAACCCUGUCUGGAACAUGAGCCGGGAGUGAGCGUGAGGAGGAGAUGGAGGCAGUUGAGGCAAAGCCAUACGCCAGGGUAUUGCAUGACAGGAGUGCCUAUUCACAGGCCUGGGAAAUGGACCGACAUUCCCCCAGCAAUACCCGACCAGCUUCUGCAAACCGUGUCUCAAAACUCGUCUGCCAGGAACCCCAAGCGGCAGCAGGUGCCGUGCACCCUGUUGAGAGCCCAUCAGUUGAGGAUGCAGCUGCAGCUUAGAGAAAUGCCUCCAGGGCAACCAAAAGCCAUUGCAGCUGCAGCAAGCUGAACAUCCGUCGUGGUUAUGAAAAGCCACCAACAGCAGCUCUGGCCACUGCUCGGCAGAGCCUGGAGAACUUCCGGUCUGGGGCAGACAUCAGCUGACCUAACCCCCACAUUGCCUGUCGGGGCUGUGGAGGCCAUUCUCUAACAGGGAUAAAGCGCAGUGGAUGCUCAGUUCCUCCCCACUGAGGCACAGUUCAGAUUUCAGAUCAAUGCACUUGUACACCCUGUGGCUGUGGGGGCUGGGGAACGACAAGAGGAUGUCUGAUUCAUAAGGGCAGGAAUCACUUCAGGAAAUCCCCACCAAAGCAUCAAGCAGGUGCUGACUCAUGGCCAGAGUCAUGAUGGUCUUGUGGUUCAGAGCUAGGCGUGAAGCCACAACCCCUGGGUUCUAAUUCCACUUUUACCACCAACCUCCUGCAGGACCCUGGACAAGCCACGUAGGGCCAGAUUUUCCCAAGAGCUCAGCAUUUGGUGUGUACCCUAAGGCCCCCUUUCCAAGGGCAAACUGACUCAGUAAGCUGUGCUGAGAUAAGAACCCCAACCAUACCAUGGGCUCGUCAUGAAACCACAUUCUAAGCCAGAGAUGGAAGUUACGCUUUCCCUGUGUUUGUUGCAUUAUCUUUUCACAUGAGGAACUUACUUAGCCACCUGAAGUAGAUGUGAGGUCUGAUGUACUGAGGACUGUGUUGGAAUCACAAGCUGUCACUUUAAGAGCCGGGGGAAGCAGAGUUUCUUGGCCUUACUUGCAGGCUGGGGCUCUGUGGGAAAGUGCCCUCAGUCAGUCCACAGGAGGCAUAUGUAAUAUUCUCGUUUUGCAGAGGCAGAUAGUUUAAAAAAUUUGGCCAGAGGCAUAAGGACCUGAAUAGUCAAACUUGGAUAGCCAGCUUUAGGGGCCAAAUUGACUCGCCCAGGUCUGUCAUGCACAGCGCCACUCCAUGGCAGAACCAGCAGAGAACCCCAGGAGUCCUGGCUCCCCGUCCUUUGGUGGCUUUCCAUGGAAAGUUUAUAGAAAUGAGCCCAGUAAUGCUGACAAACUCUAGGCGAUUUUAAGUGUUCCCAGCAGAGAAGCUAUGGAGAAAGAGCUGGGCUGAACUGAGAAGGAAAAGCAGGGACUGAACACAAUGAAGGAAGGAUUUUAAAUGUUUUUGCUCUGAGCUUUCAUAUUCAGUUAGGACAAGUCCCCAGCCCUACAGGAAAAAGGGUGACUAUCCGUGGGCGACAUGUUGAGCAGGACUGCACUUAGGUAGAGAGUUUGCUUGGGCUCUUUAUGGUUUACUGGGUCUGGUCUUAUUUGCCUAAUCAGACAGUAGGCUUAGUCUUGUCUGCAUUAACCACCUAGUGGGCAGGGAGUUUUGUUCCCAUGUAUCACUGAAACAAUUAGCCUGGAAAUCAACAGAGCCUUAUUCUAAUGACCCUCCCAUAAAUACCUGUUUGUUUGGCUGGGUGCAUGCAGUAGGUACAGAUGCAUAUUGUGCUCAGUGACAAGCAUAUUAGCAGCAUGUAAUUUACUAAUGCAAAUUAAAACAGUCAUUAGGAUCUUA